ACACACACAGAGAAAGAGACACACACACACACACCACACACAGAGAGACACCAUCUCAUCACAUCUGAACCACCGACUCCAAUGCUUUCAAGAAAAAGGGGGAAAAUAAUCAUCCUGGCAGCUCACAGCAACCACAGACACAGGGAUAAUCUUCAGCCCAGAGACGAGAGAGCUCCAGAUGUUCUGAUUUCAUGAAGGCUGAGUCUUGUUGGUGAAACAGACAGUAAGAGCCCUGGAGCAAUCCCUAAUAACAAGUAAGGUGUUUUCAUUGUGCCGCACGUCCCUGAUCCUCGUCACCUGAAUGUGCUGAGCAUUGUGGUCAGGUUUCCCAUCGGGGCAUGGAACCAUUGAAUAGCCGGACUCAGUCGUUUAUCCCGGUGAAGAUGUGAUUUGGCUCUUUGUUCAGAGAGGAGCUCUAUAACUUGUAAAUGGCACAAAUAUGCACAUGUGUGAAAAAGUCUGCCUCAGAGUAACAGAGUACAGUGCAUAACGUCUCGCUCUCUGGUUCAGCAACUCAUUGCCUCGCUUCGCUCCCUCAACCUUGCCCCGACGGAGCCUGCACCCCGCGAUCCCCAUUUUACCAAAGGCAGGGAAAUGGUCGUCUGUUUAGUGGAGGCUGUCGAGACAAUCGAGCGAGGAGUAUGACCAGUUUAAAGCGUUCACAGACCGAGAGGGUCGGCAGCACCUCGCUCAUGCUCGGACCCGAACUGACCAUAGGCGGGCGUUCUGAUGACUUUUACGCCCGGCGGUUCAGAGCGCCCAACGGCAGCAUGCUGGGGGCUGGCGGCAUGGUGCCACCCCGCAGCGAGAGCUCCCAUCACCUGGGAGCCAUGCCGAGCAUGCCCAAAAUGGGGGUGCGGGCGAGGAUCGCCGACUGGCCUCCCAGAAAGGACGCAGCCAAAGAGUCCUGCAGGACGAGCGACCAGGACUCCACGGGCAGUCCCGACGGCACCGUUCUGUCCAUCCACUCGAUCAGCCCCAACCACCAGUACAGCCACAGCAACCAGAAUUCCCUGGAGUCCGGGGCCUCGAGGAAGAUGCUGGGCGGAGACUACCAAAGCAAGUCGAAAGAGAUGGAGAACUUGGAUUGUCGUUUCCUGUCGCCGGACGGCUACCUGCGGCCGCCGGGAAGCCGCUUACGCCGCAUCCGGCAGCGCAGCAACAGCGACAUCACCAUCAGCGAGCUGGACAUGGAUGGGGUGGAGGAGUGUGGGGCACUGAGCCACAAGGCGGGCACCACCAUCCACCGCGAGUACGGCAGCACCUCCUCCAUCGACAACCACGGGAUGAUGGGGGACAGCUUCUUCGACAUACUGAGGGGUUAUCGAAACGAAAACGAUGACCAGCGAAGCCCAGCCCCCGAGCAGCUGUGUGACCUGCUGAAGGCCGGCCCUAGCCACGGCUACGGCCUGAGCAUGGACAGCGCCAGGCACGACUAUGUGGACGGCGUGUACUCGCACAGGGACAGCCCCAGGCCACACCACAAGGAGAGGGAGAAACCACUGAAGAGACGCUCCAAGUCGGAGACGGGGGAUUCCUCCAUCUUCCGCAAACUGCGCAACGCCAAAGGCGAGUGCGAGCUGAGCAAGUCGGCGGACAUCGAGGACAGCAAGUCGGAGGACAGCUUGAAGGGCUGGGCUUGCCAGAAGUGCUUCGCUCACUACGACGUGCAGAGCGUGCUGUUCGACUUGAACGAGGCCAUGAUGAACCGGCACAACGUGAUCAAGAGGAGGAACACCACGACCGGGGCCUCCGCGGCAGCCGCUGCCUCGCUGGCCGCCAGCCCCCUAGCCCACUCCGUGAGCUUCAGCUCGCCCUCGGGCAGCACCGAGGACCUGAACUCCAAGGAGAACCUGAACAUGGACUACGGGGAUGAGAAGAGCAAUGAGCUGGUCCUCAGCUGCUCCUACUUCAGGAACGAGAUCGGCGGCGAAGGCGAGCGUAAGAUUAGCCUGUCCAGGUCCAACUCCGGGUCCUUCAGCGGAUUCGAAAACGCUUCCUUCGAAUCGUCCUUGAGCUCCCAUUGCACCAACGCGGGCGUCGCUGUGUUGGAGGUGCCGAAGGAGAACCUGGCGGUGCAUUCCGACAAAGUGAAGAGAUACAUCGUGGAGCAUGUGGACCUCGGCGCCUACUACUAUCGGAAAUAUUUCCAUCAAAAAGAGCACUCAAACUACUUCGGAGUGGAUGAAAACCUGGGUCCAGUGGCAGUGAGCAUUCGACGGGAAAAGCUGGAGGAUAGUAAAGAGCACGGACCCCAGUACAACUACAGAGUCAUCCUCAGGACCAGUGAGCUGACUACUUUACGAGGUUCUGUGUUGGAAGAUGCAGUUCCAUCGACAGCGAAGCACGGCACAGCCAGAGGGAUCCCAAUGAAGGAAGUACUUGAAUUCAUCAUACCAGAGCUCAGUAUUCAUUGCCUUAGACUGGGCCUGAACACCCCUAAAGUCACCGAUCAGCUUAUGAAACUGGACGAACAAGGGCUCAGUUUCCAGCACAAAGUGGGAGUGAUGUAUUGCAAAGCUGGACAGAGCACAGAGGAAGAGAUGUACAACAAUGAAGUGGCCGGGCAUGCAUUUGAGGAAUUUCUCCAACUCCUAGGAGACAAAGUGCGCCUCAAGGGCUUUGACAAAUAUAGAGCCCAGCUUGAUACCAGAACGGACUCGACUGGCACGCAUUCUCUCUACACAACCUACAAAGAUUACGAGAUCAUGUUUCACGUCUCCACCCUGCUUCCCUAUACACCAAACAACAAGCAGCAGCUUCUUCGGAAAAGGCACAUCGGGAACGACAUAGUGACCAUCGUGUUCCAAGAGCCUGGCUCCCAGCCCUUCACCCCAAAGAACAUCCGCUCCCAUUUCCAGCACGUCUUUGUUGUUGUGAGAGCACACAGUCCUUGCACUGAGAACGUCUGUUACAGUGUUGCUGUGGCAAGAUCAAAAGACGUGCCUGCGUUUGGACCACCCAUCCCGAAAGGGGUCACCUUCCCCAAGUCGACAGUCUUUAGGGACUUUUUACUGGCCAAGGUGAUCAACGGCGAGAACGCAGCGCACAAGUCGGAGAAGUUUCGGGCCAUGGCAACCAGGACACGUCAGGAGUACCUGAAAGACCUGGCGGAAAACAGCGUCACCAACACACCCAUCGACCCUUCGGGCAAGUUUCCCUUCAUCUCUCUGGCAACUAAAAAGAAAGAGAAAUCCAAGCCGUACCCCAACGCAGAAAUGAACAGCCCGGGCACCACGGUGUGGAGUGUCCACGCAGAGGACUACAGCUGUUCUGCUGAGAUCGACUGCCUGUUGGGCAUCUCCAACGAGUUUGUGGUCUUGAUUGAGGAGAGCUCAAAGCAGGUCGUGUUCAACUGCUCCUGCAGGGACAUCAUUGGAUGGACUUCUAGUCUCACCACCACAAAAAUCUUCUACGAGCGAGGGGAGUGCAUUUUUCUCCGGACCUUCAACCAUAACAGUGAGGAGAUUAAAGAGAUCGUCAAAAGGCUAGAGGUGACGACCAAGGGCUGUGAAACGGUUGAGAUGACCUUAAGAAGGAAUGGUCUGGGCCAGCUGGGGUUCCACGUGAACUACGAAGGGAUUGUUGCAGACGUGGAGCCCUAUGGGUACGCGUGGCAGGCUGGCCUCCGACAGGGCAGCCGUCUGGUGGAGAUCUGCAAGGUUGCCGUGGCCACUCUGACCCACGAACAGAUGAUUGAUCUCCUGCGAACAUCUGUGACUGUUAAAGUCAUCAUCAUUCCACCACACGAAGACAGCACGCCUCGCAGGGGUUGCUCUGAGAUGUACCGCAUGCCUGUGAUGGAAUACAAGGUGAACAACGAAGGGAUUCCAUACGAGUUCAAAUUGCCCUUCAGGAACAGCAAUAAGUGGCAGCGAGGAGUGCCACCCGCACACAGCACCGCUCAGUCCCAGGCACAGUCACAAGCACAGGCCCAGAACCAGGCCGCCAGCAGGAUGGUGUCUGCGAGUAUCAGCAGGGCCCAGGCACAGGAGCGGGAGCGAGGGGCUGCAAUGCCUCGCAGUGCGUCCAGUGAUGGGCGGCCGAUGGACAAUAAGAGAUUGCACCCCUCGGCGGACAGUCCCUACGUGUCUCUAUCGUCGGUCUCGGUGGGAAGGAGCCAGCACUGCCGCAGCUCUCCCAGCAACCUGUCUUCCUCCAGCGACACUGGAUCUGGCGGUGGCUCCCACCGGAGGCAGAAGUCCACCCCUGACGGUUUUGGCAUCAACCGGCGAUCUCCGGGGUCGAUGGAUCGGCAGAGCUUCAACGAGAGUGGGGGUAGCGGGAAAUCCACGCCCAGCUGGCAGAGGAGCGAGGAGAGUAACAUGGAGAAAACCACCCCCGAACCAACCUGGCACAUUCCCUCGGCGUUGAAAGUAACAUCUGUGCUCAGAGAGAGUCCCAACGGCAGGCUGUCAAAGCAGGAGAUUAUGGGCCAUGUUUCUCCCAAUAAGCACGGACAGACGGAGGCUCAGUAUUCGAGCCACUCCAGCAGCAACACCCUGUCCAGCAACGCCUCGAGCGCCCACAGCGACGAGAAGUGGUACGAGAGCGGGGAGCGGGCCGAGUCCGAGCUCAACGGCUACAACUACAUCCAGGGCACGUCGGCGGACAGCGGCAUCGACACCACCUCGUACGCUCCCAGCCACGGCACCGGGCUCUCCCUGGGGGCCGCCUCCUCCACCAUCGGCUCCUCCAGGUCGUCCACGGGGCACAAGGAGAAGCCGGGGUCCCCCUGGCCGCCGGGCUCUGGGGACGGUGCGGCUCAUGCCGGCGGCCACUCAACCGACCGUCCAUCUUACAGCAGCGAGAGGAGGGGGGAGGCCUCACCCAGCGCGGAGAGAGAAGCCAAGGCGUACGGGGGAAUGGUGCACGCGGCUUCGGUCCCAGCAGCCCGGGACAGCAGCACCUACAGCCUGAGUGACACCUCCUCCCACUCCAGCACACUCAGCUCGAGACGAUCCAUGAGCCCCCUCAUCUUCACCCACAGCAGGACUUCACCCCACCAGGAGAGCUGGCCAGUCACCUCCCCACAGCCCCCUCCCCAGCCUUCCCCGGGCCCCGGCCACAGGACCUUCUACCCCAGACAGGGAGCGACCAGCAAGUACCUGAUCGGUUGGAAAAAGCCCGAAGGGACCACCAUCAACUCGGUUGGCUUUAUGGACAUGCGGAAGCGUCACCACAGUGAUGUUGGUGAGAUGCCGCAGACCAGGCUGCGUGCAUCUGUGCGAGAUUUACGCUCUCCGAAGAGAUCGUCAAAAUCAACGAUCGAAGAAGAAUUAAAAAAGCUGAUUGACCUCGAGAGUCCCCCACCAGACUCUGACAAGGAACGAAAGCAGUCGAUGCCGAGCACCCCGCCCUCCAGGAAGGCCCUGCACCGGACUCUGUCUGACGAGAGCAUUUACAGUGGGCAGCGAGAGCCGUCCUUCUCUAACUCUCGCACCUCGCUGCUGGACCAAGCGCUGCCAAACGACGUCAUCUUCUCCAGCACCUACCCCUCCCUGCACUGCACUCUGCCCAGCCGCAAGCCUGGCCAGUCCUUCAGGUCCCGGCACGUUGAGCUCUCAGCCUCCGACGGCUCCCUGACUGAUAUCCAUGAAAGGAGCAGUCAGUCAGAAGCACUGGCCGACCCUGGCUUAAUGCCCUUGCCAGACACUGCCUCAGGCCUCGAGUGGUCGAACCUUGUGGAUGCUGCCAAAGCUUUUGAAGUCCAGCGCGCUUCCUUAUUUGGUGGCGGUGAUUGCGAGCGCAGGCCCGAGAGCUUAGCCAUUGGCUGCCAUCAGACAGAGGAGGAACCUUCGCCCCAAGCCACGCCGAGCAGAGGAGGUGAAUCUCCAACUCAUCUGUCUGAGAAAGUGAGCGAGCUGGAGAUGAUGUUGAAAGAGCUUCGGGAUGAUUUGCAGAGGGAGAAGGAAGAUAAAGUCGGUCUGCAGGCUGAGAUGCAACACUUGCGGGAAGAUAACCUGCGAUUGCAGGAGGAGUCUCAGACAGCGUCAGCACAGCUCAAGAAAUUCACUGAAUGGGUCUUCAACACAAUUGACAUGAAGUGAUUUUGCAGAGAGAGAUGGAGGGAAGGUGGGAAACUCGGGGCUAAGCAGUCCGACACGUUCUCCCUUCACGUGGAAUUUCACCUCCGAGAUCCUAAGACCCCGACACGCUCACUCACUUUCAUCACAAACUGAAUGAUUGUUCUGAAUACACACCACGUACAGCUUUGCCUUAUGCUAGCAUCUGAAAUUGUUAAUGUGAAAGUCAGGUUUUGCACUGUAUAUAUUUUGUACAUAUAUAUAUAUAGAUAUAUUUGUUUGUAAAGCUCAUUUUGCUAUUUCAAAACCACUUUGUGGCUUUUAAUUUUCUCCCCCAUUUUUCUUGUUGCCCUGAUUUUUUUUAACAGUAAAAUGCCUCUAAUCUAGAGACGCGAGUCCUUAAGUCGAUUUGCAAGCCCUAAUGGGAAAAAUGGGAUUUUAUUUUAAAAGUUUGGAUUCUUCCCGUGAAAGCGAUAACAAUUUAGAUGUGAUUUCCAUUUGAUUGAUUUAAAUCAGUAGGAAUCCUUUGGGCUUUUUGAUAUGAAAAUGUUUUUGUUAAUUAAAAAUGCAGAGAUCUCUUUUCUUGUUUAGAAAGUUUAACACGGCGUCUAGGACAUGUUGUCUGCGGUCCCAAAGAUUAUUUCCCAAAGAGCAUCUGCGGGGGAAAGAGGGGGAGAGAGAGAGGUUGUGCAUUUUCUCUAUACUAUACGGAAGCACCUUUUGUAAAACCACUUCACGGGAAUGUGUUCUGAACACACAAGUCAAAGCACUUUGCACGUCCCCUGCUGAACAGACACAGCGAAUGACCAAAACAAAGGCUUUAGAAAGCUGAGCAGAGUGUCGAGCCUUGUUUUUGUUACUUAAGAGACACCCUUCGUUUUUUUUUCAUUUCUAACUUUUUAGGGAAGGUGCUCUAGCGAGUUUUGCGGGGGAGUGUGAUGCUCAAUUGACCCGGUUCAGUUCGCAGUCUCAGCCCAGCAAGAAGGCAGGUAGGAAAUGCCCAACAGGGAGUAUUUGAUUCACCGACUAGUGAUACAUUGGUGGCAUUGAGCACAGAAGGUUCACGUUUCUAACCCCAUACGCCAAAUGUGCACAUUUUUCAGCUGUAACUGCUCAUGGUUCAAGUCUCCCAGAAAUCAGAUUUUCCUUCUCAACCUCUUUCUUCCAGUAACGUUUCUUCUCUCCCCCCCCCACCCUCCCGCCCUGAAAGAGUUGAAACAUUUCGUAAAUAAAUGGAACUGAACUUUUUCAGGAUAUUUUGUAAGAGUUCUGGUAAAUUUUGAAGUUCUGGAUUUUUUUUAAGUUUAAUAAGGCUGUAUGAAGGAGAUGUAUUAUACCUUGUAGUGUAUUGUUAAUAUGAAUGGUUAUUACAGCAGGCAUUGAAUCAGUUUUGAAAAGGAAUUUGCUUAUUCGAUGGGGGAGGUAAAGCAGUUGGAACAGAAGCCUAUUUAUUGUACUUAAGAUUUCCAGUUUAUCCAUGUGUUGUAUUUAAUCAGCAAAGGUACAUUCUAAACAUCUCACAAUAAAUCUCGUCUCAAUGUU